AUGGCAGAAACUUCAAAAACCAGUGAUCAAAUUCAUGCGAAACUUCCAAUCUUUGACGAUUGCAAUUAUGAAAGACGGACGGUGCAAAGGAAGGUUGUCUUUAGGUAUCAGGGUGUUCUAGAUGUCAUUCGUAGUGGAGUGACACCGCUUGAUGCAACACCAACGGAGGCGGCGAGGGAAACUCACUGUGAACAGAUGAAGAAAGACGACAAGGCGAUAUACUUCCUCCCUCAAUGUGUAUAUUCGAAUGUCUUGGAAAAGAUAAUUGAAUAUGAGACAGCCAAAGAAGCUUGGGAUGUCCUUGCAACCACUUACGUCGGCGAUAGACAAACCAAGAAGGUUAUCACGGGUUUAACACCUAAAUUGGAUAAUUUAGUUGCUGCAAUUGAACAAUCGAAGGACCUAGACACGUUGAAAUUGGAACAAUUAAUAGGUUCUUUAGAAGCUCACGAAUUGAAAUUGAAGAAUAGAGAUGGUGUCAAGAAAUAUGAGAGAGAAACUGAGAAGGCAUUGUAUACACAAUCUCAGAAAAAAGGAAGUGGUAUUAAUGAAUCUUGGAAGAGGAAAGGUAAAGGAAAGUGGAAGAGUAACAAGAAUGAGGGUGGAAAUUCAAAGCAAGAAUAUCAGAAGAAAGGAGGUGAGAGUGAUGGCAAGGGAAAGAAGAAAUCCAAGGAACAUAUUCAAUACUAUAACUUUCAAAAAUGGGGUCACUUUGCAGAUGAAUGUGUGAAUUCUAAUGUGCCUAGGAAGAGAAAUGAAGAUGGACAGUUAGCUCGUGACUCAGAUGAAAAAGUUGUUGCAUUAGUGGCAACAAUCGAUGAAGAGGUGAUGAUGCUGAUGACAGUUAUUGAAGGUGGUGGAAUAGAAUAG